AUGGAUAGUGACCAGUUAGAGAAGAUAAAAGAUGUGUUUGCAGAGAUGGGAGUUACUCCGAAAUGUGAUUCUGCUGAAGAGUUCAAGAACUGGAUGUUAGACUACAUGUCAUCAACAGGAGCCAUCUCAAAGUCAGGGAAGGAUGUUAAACCAAAGGAACCUAUUGCUGGAGGACCAUCCAAACAGCAUGUGUUUACUCAGCCUCCACGCCUACCAUUCUUUAGUGGUGAUCCUACAUCUAAGGGAGAAGUUCCUUAUGAGCUCUGGAAAUAUGAUGCUGACUGUCUACUGCGAGAUGAGACCAUCCCCAAGGAAACAGCUUUACGUGUCAUCAGAAGUUCUUUGAGGGGAAAUGCAGGGAUGAUUGCUAUGAGACUUGGCCCCAAAGCAUCAGUUGGUGAUUUACUUGCCCAUCUGGAAACCAACUACGGUGUUGUUGAUGAUCACGAGGCUCUUCUUGGGAAAUUUUUCAGCGCACACCAACAGGAAGGAGAGGAUGUUGCCUCCUGGGGUUGCAGACUGGAAGAUCUUUUGAUGAAGGUGUCAAGAUGCGAGAUGUUGUCUCAAUCAAAGAGGAAUGAUAUGCUUCAUAGUCGCAUAUGGAAAGGACUCUUACCCAAGUUGAAGGAAAGAUCAGCAACAAAGUAUGAGCUUACUAAAGACUACAACGAGCUGAAAGUGGAACUUAGGAAAUUGGAAUCUGAAAUGAAGAUGGAAGGUACAGGGGCCAGUGCCAAGUCAGCCACUACAAAGAUGAUAGAUGCCAGUGUUACAGAAGAUAGUCGACUGGAUAAGUUAGAAGGAAAGAUUAAGCAGCUUUCUGCGGAUGUCAAGUCAUGGAAAUCGAGUGCACAUCAACAGAAGAAGCCUCAUAAGUCACAGGAAUACCAACAGUAUCAACAGCCUACUAAGAAGAGAGAACACAAGGAGCGUGGUGAUACCUUGAACAGGAGUGAUACUGAUGAUUCCUCCAAUGAACCUCAGUGCUGGCGUUGUGGACAGUAUGGACACAUACAGCUAGGAUGCAAGGUCAGACUUGAUCAUCAACGUAGAGGUCAGUUCAACAACCGAGGUCGUCAUUUAAACGGAAAAGGACCUGUGGGAAGGGGACGGCCAUAG